AUGGUUUCCGGAUUGACAUCCAAAAGGAUUGUGAAUGGUGGAUUUAACCCUGAUAUAGAUUGUACUAUUGAUGACGGUGAUACUGCUUGGGUUACUGUUUCAUCCAUUCUUGUGUUGGCCAUGAUGAGUGCUUUGGCAUUCUUUGAAGCUGGUCUCAGUAGAAAAAAAGAAACACUCACCAUCUUCUCACAAAUUUGGAUUGGUUUGGCUGUGUUAGCUCUUUGUUGGAUAUUAUUUGGAUAUACACUUGUUUUUGGACCAACACAGGGAGGUGUGAUUGGUGGUUUGGAUUACAUUGCUUUUUUGAAUGUUGAUUUAGCAAAGUGUUCACAACAUGCUUUGAGCAUUCCACAUGCAAUUUUUGCAAUCUUUCAAAUGAUGUUUGCUUGCAUCACACCACUACUCAUGACUGGAGCUUUCGCUGAGAGACUAAGAUGGAGAGCUUAUAUUGUUUUCAUUGUCGUUUGGGAAUUUCUAGUGUACUAUCCACUUGCUCACAUUAUUUGGGGAGGUGGUUUCUUGUCACAUCAACCACUAGAUACGCUUGAUUUUGCUGGAGGUAUUGUCAUCCACACUUCAAGUGGAAUUGCAGCACUUGUUUGUGCAUUAGUGUUUGGAAGACGAAAAGAUUUUGAUGACCAUCAUGGAGAACCUCAUCCUUCAAAUUUACCACUUGCUGCCAUUGGUGCCGCUUUAUUGUGGAUGGGAUGGUUUGGAUUCAAUGCUGGUAGCGCUCUUUCAUCUUCUAGCAUUGCGGUUGCAGCAGUUCUUAACACUCAAGCUGCUGCCUGUACCUCGACAGUGGUAUGGCUUUUCAUGUUUUGGGUUCAAAACAAGAAACCUUCUUUGGUAAGCUUGCUGAAUGGUAGUAUUGCUGGUUUGGCAGGAAUUACUCCAGCAUCAGGAUAUAUUACUGUUCAUUCUGCUCUUGUCAUUGGUUUGCUUCUUGGAGCAUUUAGUUAUUUGGGAAUUUAUGUAUUGAAACACAAGCUGAAGAUUGACGACGCUCUUGAUGUGUCUAGCGUUCACGGAAUUACUGGACUUAUUGGUAGCAUUGCCAUUGGAUUCUGUGCUACCACCAAAGUUAAUCCUGGAGGCGCAGAUGGUGUUUUCUAUGGAAAUGGGUGGCAAUUAUUGGCUCAAAUUGUUGGUGUUGCAUUAGCUCUCUUCUGGUCAGGACUUGUCACAUUUAUUUUGGCCAUUAGCAUUCGACUCCUCAAUAGAAAAUAUCCAUACCUUCUUGUAAAUACUCGUGAAGAAGAAGAACAAGGUCUAGAUGGUUUAGAAUUUGCAGAAAUUUCUGCCUAUGAAGAAACUGUCUCAAGAGAUGCUCUUGAAUUAAUGUUAAACGAUUUGGAAAAGAAACGUUUGUAUCACAUGAGAAAACUCAUUGAUACACAACAAGAACAAUUCAUGUUGGAGCAAAAACAACGAAAGAAAUUUGUGGAUAAUGUAAGAGUGAGUUUAAGCUCUGGUCGUGGCAAUUUGGAUAGCCCCUCUACUCCCAAUGCAGCUGCUACACAAUCCAUUCUUUCCUCAUAUGGAACUUAUUAA